AGAGAAGGAGAGAGAGAGAAAGAGAAGGGGAGAGAGAAAGAGAAGGAGAGAGAGAAAGAGGAGGAGAGAGAGAAGGGGAGAGAGAAAGAGGAGAGAGAGAGAAAGAGAAGGGGAGAGAGAAAGAGAAGGAGAGAGAGAAAGAGAAGGGGAGAGAGAAAGAGAAGGAGAGAGAGAGAAAGAGAAGGGGAGAGAGAAAGAGAAGGAGAGAGAGAGAAAGAGAAGGGGAGAGAGAAAGAGAAGGAGAGAGAGAAAGAGGAGGAGAGAGAAAGAGAAGGAGAGAGAGAGAAAGAGAAGGGGAGAGAGAAAGAGAAGGGGAGAGAGAAAGAGAAGGAGAGAGAGAAAGAGGAGGAGAGAGAGAAGGGGAGAGAGAAAGAGGAGAGAGAGAGAAAGAGAAGGGGAGAGAGAAAGAGAAGGAGAGAGAGAAAGAGGAGGAGAGAGAGAAGGGGAGAGAGAAAGAGGAGAGAGAGAGAAAGAGAAGGGGAGAGAGAAAGAGAAGGAGAGAGAGAAAGAGAAGGAGAGAGCGAGAAAGAGAAGGAGAGAGAGAAAGAGAAGGAGAGAGAGAAAGAGAAGGGGAGAGAGAAAGAGAAGGAGAGAGAGAAAGAGAAGGAGAGAGAGAGAAAGAGAAGGGGAGAGAGAAAGAGAAGGAGAGAGAGAAAGAGAAGGGGAGAGAGAAAGAGAAGGAGAGAGAGAAAGAGAAGGAGAGAGAGAAAGAGAAGGAGAGAGAGAAAGAGAAGGGGAGAGAGAAAGAGAAGGAGAGAGAGAGAGAGAAAGAGAAGGGGAGAGAGAAAGAGAAGGAGAGAGAGAGAAAGAGAAGGGGAGAGAGAAAGAGAAGGGAGAGAGAAAGAGAAGGAGAGAGAGAAAGAGAAGGGGAGAGAGAAAGAGAAGGAGAGAGAGAGAAAGAGAAGGGGAGAGAGAAAGAGAAGGAGAGAGAGAAAGAGAAGGGGAGAGAGAAAGAGAAGGGGAGAGAGAAAGAGAAGGAGAGAGAGAAAGAGAAGGAGAGAGAGAGAAAGAGAAGGGGAGAGAGAAAGAGAAGGAGAGAGAGAAAGAGAAGGGGAGAGAGAAAGAGAAGGAGAGAGAGAAAGAGAAGGGGAGAGAGAAAGAGAAGGAGAGAGAGAGAAAGAGAAGGGGAGAGAGAAAGAGGAGAGAGAGAGAAAGAGAAGGGGAGAGAGAAAGAGAAGGAGAGAGAGAAAGAGAAGGGGAGAGAGAAAGAGAAGGAGAGAGAGAGAAAGAGAAGGGGAGAGAGAAAGAGAAGGAGAGAGAGAGAAAGAGAAGGGGAGAGAGAAAGAGAAGGAGAGAGAGAAAGAGGAGGAGAAGAGAAAGAGGAGAGAGAGAGAAAGAGAAGGGGAGAGAGAAAGAGAAGGAGAGAGAGAAAGAGAAGGAGAGAGCGAGAAAGAGAAGGAGAGAGAGAAAGAGAAGGAGAGAGAGAAAGAGAAGGGGAGAGAG